UUGAACCAAAUUUAAUAUUUCUUUGGCGUCCGCAUGUGUGUGUGUGUGAGAGAGAGAAGAGAAAGAGAGAGGUGGAGAAGAUGAUACAUGUCUGACCAGAGUCCAGAAGACUCUUGUGAUCUUCUUCAUUUGGACUUGACUCGCAUUUAGUACAAAGAAGAAGAAGAAGAAGGAUUGGAGGAUUUCUUUCGAAUUGGAUACGUACAUACACAAUUUUGCGUCUGCAGAUUUUCUUCCAUAAGAUUGGAAGAGCAACGGAAAAAGAUCAAUGUCUUUCCGAGGCAUAGUUCGUGAAUUGAGAGAUAGCCUUGGAAGUUUGUCCAGGCGAAGUUUCGAUGUUCGUGUAUCCACUAAUGACAGCAAGGGGAAAUCUCAGGACGAUCAGCCUCUGGUGAUUCAAAGUAGUCGAUGGGCAAACCUUCCUCAAGAACUAUUGUUCGACAUAGUUAAGAGGUUGGAAGAAAGCGAGAGCAAUUGGCCAGCUAGAAAACAUGUCGUUGCUUGUGCUUCUGUUUGUAGUUCGUGGAGGUUUAUGUGCAAAGAAAUUGUUAAAGGUCCAGAACUCUGUGGGAGGCUUACAUUUCCAGUCUCUUUGAAGCAGCCAGGGCCUCGUGAUGGGACUAUUCAGUGCUUCAUCAAACGAGACAAGUCCAAUUUGUCCUACCAUCUUUUCUUAUGUCUUAGCCCUUCAUUACUUGUUGAAAAUGGGAAAUUCCUUCUAUCGGCUAAAAGAACACGCAGAACUACUUAUACAGAGUACAUAAUUUCCAUGGACGCAGAUCAUAUCUCGAGAUCAAGCAACACAUACAUCGGAAAAUUGAGGUCGAAUUUUCUCGGAACCAAAUUCGUUAUAUACGACACUCAACCUCCAUCGGCUUGCACGAAUAUCCCCCCUCCCGGGCGAUCAAGCCGUAGAUUCUACUCAAAGAAAGUCUCUCCCAAACUCCCUUCGGGUAACUACAACAUAGCCCAAAUCGCAUACGAGCUCAACGUUCUCGGGACUCGGGGCCCACGUAGGAUGAACUGCAUGAUGCAUUCAAUUCCCAUUUCGUCCCUAGAAGCCAAAGGCUCCGUCCCUGGAAAGCCCGAGCUUCUCCAGCGCCCUCUCGAGGACUCUUUCCGAAGCAUCUCGUUCGCGAAAUCAUUCGACAAUUCUGCCGAUUUCGCAAGCUCCAGAUUCUCCGAAAUCGACAGUCGGAUAGGAAUCGAAACAGAGGAGGAAGGGAAGAUCCCACCGUUGGUUUUGAAGAACAAAGCACCUAGGUGGCACGAGCAGUUGCAGUGUUGGUGCUUGAAUUUUAGGGGGCGCGUGACUGUUGCGUCGGUUAAGAACUUUCAGUUGAUAGCUUCGAUUCCGGGUAGCAGCAGCAGCAUUAGCCAAUUGGCUUCUUCUGGACAGGGGCAGGGGCAUGGGCAUGGUCAGGAUCAAGAUAAAAUAAUCCUACAGUUUGGGAAGGUUGGUAAAGAUAUGUUUACAAUGGAUUAUAGGUAUCCACUUUCUGCAUUUCAGGCCUUUGCUAUUUGUUUGAGCAGCUUUGACACCAAAUUGGCUUGUGAAUAACUUAGUUCUCUUUAUUCAAUAACUUGUUUUUAUUGUUGUUGUUCAACAUAUUUUAUCAUCAUGUAUUUUUAGCUAACUAGUAUCUCGUCACCAACUUAAUUAUGUAUAAUUAUAAUUUCUGCUCUAAUUCCCCCUUCA